CAGGUGACUCUACAACCGUCCUUUCUCCAGUCGCCACUUCUCCUGCUCCAGUCAUUGUUCAACCGAGAAGAUUUGAUUACCAACUCAGAAGACGACGUCGUGCAAGCUGCUCUAAGAUGGGUUGAUUUCAACCAAGAAGAGCGCUUGCAGCACCUUCCUUCUCUUUGCAGAUGCUUCCGUCAUUCCUUCAUCAGUUCAGACCAACUUGUGGAGCUUGAGAGUAGGUGCCUGCCGACAGGCUUCAAGUUGGCUUACAGUGACAAAACGACCAAGCGUCAGGGACAGGCACGAACUGAAAUGCAGAUUUUCCCAAGACUAUUAAAAGAAGGUAUCUUGGAACAGGGUCACCACCGGGUCGCUCCUUGCUAUGACCCAUCCACAGGUAGACAGCACACAAUGGAUAUUCCUAGGCACCUGGAGAGCAUCUCUUUGACAGCCACUCCUGAUGAUAAACUGUACCUGGCAGAGUACAUCAGCAGAAGGAUGGUUCAGUUUGGCAGACAGAAGGCAUUGUACCAGUAUAACCACCUGUCAAACACCUGGGAACCAAGAUGUGAGAUGAUUUCACCUAGAGCCAGGUGUGGUCUUGUGUAUCUGAAGGGGUACAUCUAUGCCAUUGGUGGUGAUGACACUAAGGUAACGGCGGAGAGGUAUGACCUAAGUAGUGAUGAGUGGACCUGGAUACCAGCCAUCCCUCACCCCAUGUCCUCAGAACUCUGUGCAGUUACCCUUAAUGACUGCAUCUAUGUCAUAUGUCAGAAAGGUUGCUACUGCUUCAGUACCACAGAGAACAAGUGGAGCAAGAUAGCAGACAUGCUUAAACCACCAUUGCAUCCUCAGGCCGUCACAUAUCAAGGGAGCAUCUACUGUGUAAACUCCAAAAAUAAAGGUGGAUACCAGUCCUCAAAUGUUGUAGAAGUGUACAACCCUACAAAUGGUGAGUGGAAGUCGUCUGGGAAUGACUCUUAUUUCUUUGACAUGACAACGCUGAUGGAAUAUGGAGAUACUUUGUACAUGUACUUCCACAAUCAUCAAGAGCAAUGGAACACGACUUCCAUUUACCAGUACCAGCCAGAGACAGACUCUUGGCUGCGUCUGAAAGACGAGGAAAUACUUGUUCCCCCUUUGGCAGAAUGGUUGGGUUUGGAGAGUAGGACAGAUUGCUUGACAACAAGGAUGAUCCCAAUGUGCCUUUGGGAUCCAAAUGCAAAUGGGGAAUUGGAGUUACUUUACUAUGAUGGAGAGUUGAGCUGUUCCUCAGAGUCAUCCGGAAGCAGAACCUCAGAUAACAGUGACGGUGUGGUUGGCCUCUCAGACGAAGAGAACACUUGAGAGCAGCAAUGACAGUGAGAUUGACUAUUAUGGCAUCUCGGAUACUAGGACAUCGUGUAAUGUAAAGAUGUCAUUGAUUCAGGAGAAGUUUUUAAAUCACUAUCUCAUUAAUGAUGGUGUCAGUAAACACUUUCUCUUUGUUAUAAGACAAAAUCAACAUAAAUAUACCACUCUACAGGCUCUCAACCAAUUUCUACUGAACUGUUACUAGAAACACUGGCGAGGUGUGACACGGUUUGCACUCAUCUCUAUAAAUUUAGAAAGGUUUUGGUUUGGAAGAUUCUAUCAACUUAGGCCUUGUAUUUCAGAUUGUACAUGCCUGACAUGCCUACGUUGUAUGUCUGUGCAUUUCAUGAAACUGCAUUAACUUGAACAUGAUUUUAGGCAGCUUUGG